UUUAAGGGGAGGAAGCAGUGAAGUCGCGUGGAGGAGAAGCUGUUAGUCUUGGGUUACAGACCUGGAUUAAUGCUUGGCUUAGGACACCAGAGGAAACCAACUCUUCUUUCAGAGGAUCCUUUUCUUCAACACAGUAAUACCCUACCGAGGACUCAGGGCCUUUGACUGUUAUCAUCAGUGACUGCUCAAACCCAUUCACAGACAGACGGACAUCUUUCACCACGUAUUUAAUCCUAAAAGUACACACUAUAUAAGGAGACCGCAGGGUGAGAGUGUUUACUUGUUAGACCCACACUGGGCUUCAGACAGAGCUCUGCUUUUCAAACCCACUAACUGCCCCUUCCCUGGAGAAAAGGCUUACCGGUACUUAGCAUCUAAUGCUGUGCGUUGCUUUCACAUUCAGCAUCAUUGAUCUACUGACCCCCCUCUGAUCUGAUUAGCCUUUUAGCCUCUCAUAUUGUUUACGCAAAUAUAUACACACACACACAGGCGCAUGCUGCUGUCAUGCUGUCAGCUCGUUUACACAUCUACGUCUCGCCUGGCUGUGAUUAGCAUCCACUACAGACAACACCUGGGUAUAUCGCAUCUGUACACAAUUAGCUCCCAUUGAGGAACCUGGGUAGUACUACUAGUACAGUACGCUGUUGCCCUGUGCUGUACUGCUGUGUUUAUCCACACUGGCAGGUGCCUGUGUCAUGUCCGGUCUGUCAAGGUGGAUGUCUGUGUGAGAGAGUGGAUACGACAGGGCUCUGAUAAACACAUGUUCUGUAGUCAUCUACUACUGCCUAUGGGUCGGUCACUGUGAGCGGAAGAGGUACUGGUACUGAUCAUACUGUCUGUCUAUCACCCUGUCAGAAGAGAUCAAGAUCAAAUCUCUCUUGAAGAAGACACUUCAUCAAAAAAAGACGAACCUGGAUAACAAAGGCCGAAUAGAACAUAUCACUGUCCAUCCGUCCCUCCGUACCCCUGUGGCCCACUACCCCCACCAUCCAAUUUGUGUGCCAUUUCUCGCGCCGGACCCCUUGGAGGAUGAAUGAUGUCCCCACUCUGGACUAUGAGCUGCUGCUGUCCCCUGGGCCCUCCCUCCCUGGGGCCCCCAGCAGUCCUCCUCUGGUGGGGGGUGACGCAGAGCAGAGGACGGCCUUUGCCUUCGUGGGGCUCCUCAUGCUCUUCCUUGUCUUCCUGCUGGUGCGCUGCUUCCGCAUUCUGCUGGACCCCUACAGCCGCAUGCCAUCCUCCUCCUGGACCGAACACAAAGAGGGUGCAGAGAGGGGGCAGUUUGACUACGCCCUGGUCUAGACCUGGGUCGUGUUCAUUAGGCACCAAACGGACUGAAACGGAGAGGGACUACCAGAACUUGUCCAAUAAGGAAGGCUUGUUUUUGUUUUUUCUGUUGCACAACGUUUUGCUACGGUGUUCCCUAAUGAAAACGACCCUGGUAGGGUUUAAAGGGGGCAGUUUGACUGGCCCUGCUGUAGAAACAUACAAGUAGUCAGAC